AAAAAAAACCCCCCCCCCCCCCCCCCCCCCCCUUUCUCUCCCCCCCCCCCUCUCUCCCUUUCUUUUCCUCUCCUCCCCUUCCUCUUUUCCCAUUCCCUUUCCCCCCUUCUUUUCCCUCUCUCUCUCUCUCUCUCUUCCUCCUUUUUUUCCCCUUCUCUCCCUCUCUCUUCUCUCUCUCUUUCUUUCUCUCUUCGGGAAAACCCCCUUACACCCAAAUUGGCCCCGGGAUUUGUUCGCUCUGGUCGGGAACUAGAUGUCAUCAACAAAACCCCUUCAACGACUUCGGGCUAAGUCGGUGAAAAGUUGAGAGUGUGUGUGUGUAUGAGAGAGACAGGAGAGAAGGAGAGAGACAGAGACGGUAUAGUGUAAUUGGUACAGUCUGACUGUGUCUUACAUGUGACCUCUAACCCUUCUUCCUGGUUGUGUCAGGGAUAAACCAUGGUCCGGUGAUUGCGGGGGUGAUCGGAGCUCAAAAGCCUCAGUAUGAUAUCUGGGGGAACAGUGUUAAUGUGGCCAGCAGGAUGGAGAGUACUGGGGUACUGGGAAAAAUACAGGUACUCAAUUAAUACAGUUAUAAUACAGCUAUACGAAUAAUAAUGCUACAGCAGUGUUUCCCAAACUAGAUCUUGUUUUUUUCCCCCUAGCACUACACACCUGACUCAAGUAAUCAACUCAUCAUUAAGCUUUGAUUAUUUUAAUCAGCUGUGUAGUGAUAGGGCAAAAACCAAAACGUGCACACCUUCGGGAAACAUUGUGCUACAGUAAUACUAGCUCCAUGCAGUUUUAUGUUAUACCAGGAGUCGCUGCAGAAAUAGAUCAAGGUUCAUGAGUACGGUAUACAGGUACAGAGCAGAUGUUAUGCAAAUGUAGAUAUAUAAUAAUGCAGAACUAUACAGUUGAACAUCUCUUUGAUAAGUUAUUAAUAUGAAUUUACCACAGAGAUCCUAUUAAAUUGAUUUGAGUUUGAUAUGUAAUUCUAUAGAAUGUCCUGCCUACGUGUUAUUUUUUCAGAAAUGCUGCUUUGUGUUCCCUUUCAGUUGGUCACUUGGUAUAACACACUAUGGGGAGUCAACAACCAAUCAUAUUCACCUGAAGAAAUCACGCCCAACGGGCCAAUGAAUGCUGAGACCACCCUCGGAAGCCCCGCCUUCCUAGCUAUAAUACCAGGGCGUGCAUUAAUUUCCUAAUUUCUUCGCUCUUCAGCUCGCCUGAAGGAAGAACGUGUCACGCAAUUUACAAACUUUUCAAGCACACGAAGGCUACGAGAUUCGGCUCCAACUUAGGUGUCUGUUAGUGGGGUGAGAGUACUCGUCCCCCUAGAUAUUGCAAGUUUUGGGUCUUGGUAUUGGUUUUUGUGUUUGCUAAAAACCCACAACUUUCUUCUCUACUUGUGUAGCCAGUGCUUCCUUGCUUGAGUAAGAUGGCCAGUGGUACGAGUAAGUUAAAAAAUGCUAACCAGCUGAGUUUGAGCCUCUGACCUUGCCCUAGGGCAUGUGGUUUCACAAUGAAAAUGAAAGAUACUCACGAGUGCUGUGCUGUUUGCCUGGGGUGCAAACACGCUCAUGUGACCAUUGUCUCCGGCUGGGUUCAACUUCCAUUGGGCGUCAGCUGACUUUGUGAGAAAGAUUGGGGCUGCUGGCAAAGGGUCUUCCGGUGAAGCGAUCUCAGAAAUGGGGUUGUCUGAGGCCAGGUGAGAACAGCAGCGGUGGUCGGAGUUGAUAGGAGUGUCAUCCCAGCCCAUGUAAGGGCUCAUUCUGGUUUUUCUGUCAGUGUUCAGAGUCUGGAUUCCGGGGAUGAUAUACUAUCCCUGGUUGGUUCUGGAGGGUUUUCAGAGUGUGAAUUGGAUGACAUCAUUUCUGGGCAGCCUAAAGCCCCAGCUUUGGAUUCGGCAGGGGGAGAGGGAACCAUUGGUGGUUAAUUCGCCUUUGAUGUAGCUGUGUGGUAGGGCGGCAGAUCACCUGGGUGUCUUCUCCCCCGCAGAGGAGUUCCUCCAGGUUUGGGGAAAGGUAUUUACCUCCUGUCCCUGCACUGGUGAAGCGUCGCUGACCCCUGUUUAAAGAUUUUGCAGAUGAGAUAAAGGCGAUCUGGGAUUCCCCUCAUUCAGCCAGGCUGGUGCUACCAGGUUAUGGCGAGUUCAUGAAUGUAUAGCAGCGUUCCCCAACUGGCAGCCCGUGGGUGGUCUUAUUCGGCCCCCUAACUUUUCUGAGCAACGUGUUUCUCAUUGUUGGAUAUAAAAGACUGUAAAAACACCAGGAAAUCAGUUCCAAGUGAUUUUAAUUGUGAUAAUCUGUUCAUAUGCAUAAUAGAGAGACACGUGAUCGUAUAAAAAUGUAAGCAAUGUUUGAAAUUAUUAUGUUUUAGUCAAAUAUUAUAUCUGCUUGGGCUUCUUGUGGUCAAUUUGCAGUCUACACAUUCUUUGUAAUUAUGUUCUGGCCCCCCGACUAUCCGCUCAAGAAGAAAAUCGGCCCGCGGCUGAAUCUAAUUGAUGAUCCCUGAUGUAGAGGGUAUUGGGGAGAAGGGCCUCAUUUGCACACCGCCGAAGGAUGGAAAGCUGGUGAGUUACUUACCUCCAGAUGCUAACAAGGGGGCUAAUCCUAGCACGGUGCUCCGAAUAUACAGUGCCGGUUCUCAGCGGAUCACCAGGCUGAGGGUGUAGCGGACCGGUCGUUGAAUGUGGUCACAAUGCUGCAGAUGUAUCAUAUCGAUUUGCUGCAGGAGCUGAAUAAGACGAAAUCCGUGCUAUGGCUGUUUUUGUGCUGCAUCUGUCCCGCGGUACUAUCCUGGCUGUGGGGAAAAGUUACUGGUUGCCGAAGUCCCUGAACCCGGUGUGGGCCGGGUAUCAGAGCGGCGGUACCAUGAAAGCACAUUGUUUCUACCCAAGGUUCCUUGGUGUUCAGGGGUAUCGAGAGAAAGGUAUCGUCCAGGUAUGGGCAUAAUAAACACAGUUCCUUCCACACAUUCAGACACACGGUUGUCAAGAGUGGUGGAUCUGUAAACAACCAUGACAUAAAAGUCCCAGUCCUCAUGGUGGCGCUCGGUCCUUUCAGGACAUAAUGUAGGGAGACUGGCAGAGUGCUCCGUCCAGUGGCGGGUUCCGGCAUUACGGCUCUGUCUGGCACGGUUUCAGCUGGGGCACUCUGUGCCUUUUCGCUUGUGCCUGAGUGGUACUGAAUUGAAGGAAUGAAUGCGAGCCCCGGUAUUAUAGCCAGGAAGGCGGAGCUUCCGAGGGUGGGCUUGGCAUCCAUUGGCCUUUUGGGCGUGAUUUCAGUUUUCCUCUGGUGAAUAUGACUGGUCGUUGACUCCCCAUAAUAUGUUAUACCUCGUUCCCUCCUUCAGGGAAUAGUAGUUAUAUUCAUAACUAUAUGUUUUCCCUGCUUCCAGGUAACUGAGGAGACAAGUCGUAUCCUAGCAACACUGGGCUACAUGUGUUCGUGUCGAGGCAUCAUCAAC